AUGUCGCGAAUAAUAGUGAAAAACAUCCCGAACGGCUUCGAUGAAGCGAAGGUGCAGAAUCACUUCAGCACCUGCGGGAUCAUCACGGAUGUGCAGCUGAAGUACACACCGGAGGGUAAAUUCCGAAACUUCGGUUUCAUUGGCUUCGAGACCGAAGAGCAGGCCACCAAGGCAAUCAAGCAUUUCAACAACACCUUCAUACGCACCUCGAAGAUCAGUGUCGCGCCAUGUGUUGCGUUGAGCGAAACGAAAAACCUAAAGGUUUGGAGCAAGCACUCGCAGAAACCGGUGGCAGCAGCUGAAGCAACCCCACGAAGCGACGAAAGCCAAUCGGCGAAGAAAGAGGAAAAACCGAAACCGACCACGGCGAAAGAUGUGCUCGAUCGUCAUCAGGCGGAUCCAAUGUUUCAGGAGUUUCUGGACGCACACAAGCGUGCCGGCAAGUCCGUUUGGGACAACCAGUUCCAACAGCCGGACACGGAACCUGACUCGAAAAAGGAGCCAUCUGAUGACGAGAAGCCGCUGGAAAAGACAACGAAAGGUGAAAAGGAGGGGACACAACCGGCACCGAAGAAACCCGCAAUUUCACUGUUUGUUGCCAAACUGCGCAACAUACCGGCCAGCACCAAGCGACAGGAUUUGUUGCGCUUUUUCAAGACCGCCCGACCCUACUCGGUCCGGAUUCCGCCGAAGGCCAAGGGCUUCGCAUACGUUGGCUUCAAGACGGAAAGCGAGCUCGAUAAGGCGUUGCUGAUGGACAAAAGUUUUCUCGGUGGCAAGCAGGUGAGGAUCGUCAAUUUCACCGAACAAAAUGAUCGUGGCGAUCGGGAAGAGAAGGACAGCGCAAAGCGUGCCAAGCAAGCCAAAUGGGAACGGCAGCGUGCGAAUGUGCCGAGUGAAACUAUUUGCGAGUCUGGCAAGCUCUUUUUCCGGAACCUAGCAUAUUCGGUGCGUGAAGCGGAUAUCCGGGAGUUGUUUGAAAAUUAUGGCCCCGUAGCGGAGGUGGACGUACCGAUCGAUGCCAUGACACGCAAGAUAAAGGGAUUCGGUACGGUUACGUUCAUGAUGCCCGAGCACGGGGUUACCGCUUACAGCGAGCUCAAUGGAACGUUCCUUCAGGGCCGCAUGUUUCACAUCCUGCCGGCGAAGGUAGACACCGAUGAGCAGGCCGAUGAGUCGGAAUCCAACUAUAAGAAAAAAAAGGAACAUAGCCUGAAAAAGACGGCCCAAUCGAGCCACAACUGGAACACGCUGUUUAUGGGUGAAAAUGCCGUUGCCGAAGCGGUCGCAAAGAAGUACGGUACGACGAAGGAAACUGUCUUCAUGGGCCCGGAUGGCGGCACCAGUGCGGCCGUUCGUCUGGCGCUGGGUGAAACAGAAGUUGUCCUGGAGAUGCAACGCUUUCUGCAGGAAAAUGGCAUUCAGCUGGACGCGUUUGGUGAGACCACUGCGAAGCGCUCGAGUACCUUGAUUUUGGCGAAAAAUUUGGCCCCGAGCUGCACAACGAAAGCAUUACGGGAACUGUUUGGGAAGUUUGGCAUUCUCGGGCGUGUGGUGCUGCCACCGAGUGGCGUGACCGCGAUUGUUGAAUUCCUUGAUCCGAGUGAAGCACGUAAGGCAUUUAAGAAGCUCGCAUAUAGCUUCUUUGAAUCGUUGCCCCUGUACCUCGAGUGGGCUCCCGAGAAUACGUUCAAAUCGGAUAAACCUCCCGCCGAAUCAUCCGGUGAAACCGGUGAAGGACCAACCACAACAAGCAAAGCGGAUGCUACCUCACAACCGGUCAAAGAAGAGGUGGUGAAAGAACAACCGAUCGAAGAGCCGGAGGACGAUACUGAGCCGGAAGAUGGCACGACAUUGUUCAUCAAAAACUUGAGCUUUGCUACAAACGAAUCGGCGAUACGCGAACGGUUUCGCAGCGUUGGUCCCAUCCAUUCCGUGCAGGUCGUGCGUAAGAUGGAUCUGUCCGGUGGUGGAGGACCGAGUGAGAGUCGUGGCUACGGGUUCAUACAGUUCAAGCAUCGUCAAUCGGCCGAUCAUGCUCUGAAAAAUCUCCAAUUUGCACACAUUGACGGGCGGCCGGUCGAAUUGGCGCGUAGUGAUCGUACUCUUCAUAAGCCCGGUGACGAUGGCAGUGGCCGACGGAAAGGCAAGGCACAGAAGCAGACCGGGAGCAAAAUUCUCGUGCGAAACAUUCCGUUCCAGGCGAACGCAAAGGAAGUUCGGGAUCUAUUCAAGCCUUUCGGUGAUAUUAAAGUUCUCCGAUUGCCACGGAAGAUGGUGGCAAAUGCGGAGGAGCAGCACCGUGGGUUUGGAUUCGUCGAGUUCGUACGAGAGGCGGAUGCGAAGCGGGCGUUCGAGACCCUUGGCCGCAGCACCCACUUGUAUGGUCGGCGGUUGGUAUUGGAAUGGGCCGCAGCAGAUGAUGGUGUGGAUGAGCUACGGAAGCGUACGGCGGAUCACUUCAAACAACAGAGCGGGGCGAAUGGAAGCAAACGCAAGGGAGUACUGGAUUCGGCAGAGUUUGUCAACUCUACGGCCGACCAGGAACCGGAUGGUGGCGAUGAAGAAGACGACAUGGAAGAAGCAGGUGAUGGGGGCUUUUAGAGGACGAGCUGAUUCGUGCCGAGCAUCGAAUGUUAUUAA